AUGUCCUAUUAUCCUCCGCCUGGACCACCACCGGGGCAGGGGCAGCCUUGGGAAUAUCAACCUCCCCCUCCUCAUUGGCAAUCUCCGCCCCCGCCUCAGCCCUACCAAGGACCACCGUAUGGAGGAAAUCAACCAUACUCGGUCCCAGGAGAAUUUCCAUCUCCACAGCCACCACCUCAACCUCCUCGCCCAUAUGUUCACGCCCCUUCUCCACAGCCAUAUGGCGGCCCUCCUCCACAGCCAUAUGGUGGCCCUCCACCACAACCCUAUGGCGCUCCCUCACCUCAGCCUUAUGGGCGCCCACCGCCAUCCCCGUCCUACGGCCAAUCGCCUCCGCCUCAGCCCCCUCGACCCCCAUCGCAACAUUUGACUCCUUAUGGCGGUGUUCCGGCGAGCCCGAGGCCUAGCUCGCCUAAUCUACCUCCGCGCCCGCCUCAAGAGUCUCAACACUUCGGGCCAGGCGCGCCAUCGAAUUAUCGGUUUCAGUACUCGACCUGUACCGGACGGCGGAAGGCCUUACUAAUAGGCAUCAACUACAUCGGUCAACCAAAUGCCCUGAAAGGGUGCAUCAAUGAUGUCGCCAAUAUGUCAACAUUCUUGACCGAGCGCUUCCAAUACCGUAGAGAGGAUAUGGUGAUUCUCACUGAUGACCAGCCCAACCCGCUGAGCCAGCCGACCAAAGCCAACAUCCUGCGCGCGAUGCAUUGGCUGGUCCAGGGGGCCGAGCCCAAUGACUCGCUGUUUAUUCACUUCUCAGGACACGGAGGCCGCACGCCCGACUUAGACGGCGAUGAAGAGGACGGAUACGAUGAUGUGAUUUACCCGUUGGACUACCGCACAGCCGGCCAUAUCGUAGAUGAUGACAUGCACGCCAUUAUGGUGCGACCCUUAAAGGCAGGCGUCCGGUUAACGGCGAUAUACGACUCGUGCCACUCGGGGACUGCUUUAGAUCUGCCAUAUAUCUACUCCACCCAGGGCGUGUUGAAAGAACCCAACCUAGCCAAGGAGGCGGCGCAGGAUUUGUUUAGCGUUCUCACCUCGUACAGUCAAAAUGACUUCUCCGGGAUUGCAUCCACCGCCAUCAAUUUCUUCAAAAAGGCAACCAAUGGCGGCGAGGCACGGUCCAAGGAUACACAAACAUCCGCGGAUACCUUCCAAGACGGACAAGCGCGUGGUGCGCUGAGUUGGGCCUUCAUCAAAUCGCUCAAGCAAUGGCCCCACCAGAGCUACCUACAGCUCCUGAACUCGAUUCGAGCGGAGCUGGAGGGCAAGUACUCGCAAAAGCCGCAGCUGAGCUGCAGUCAUCCCCUUGACGUCAAUCUGCGCUUUGUCAUGUAG